AUGAGCACCAAAAGCGACAUUUUCAAAGGUCUUUCGGCGUUCCCGAUUACUCCUGCUGAUCCAGAUGGCACCGUAGACACUGGCGCCUUGGUUCAGAUUCUCGAGAGGUUAGAUAUACCCGGUAUCGACUCGAUUGGACUACUGGGGAGUACAGGAAAUUACCUCUACCUGACGAGGGAGCAACGCAGGCGGGCGAUUGACGCGGCCACACAAGCUCUGCGGGGGAGAAAACCACUCAUUGUCUCGGCUGGUGCACUCCGGACAGACGAUGCCCAGCGUCUAGCCAAGGACGCUGAAGAGGCUGGCGCCGAUGGCCUUUUGCUCGCGGCUAUCUCGUACAAUCCAUUGACCCAGGAGGAGGUUUACCAACACUUCGAGGCAGUCGCUGGUUCGACCUCACUGCCCAUCUGCAUCUACAACACUCCGAGCACGACACACUUCACCUUCAGCGAUGAGCUCCUCGCUCGCAUUGCAGCGUUACCAAACGUUGUUGCGCUUAAGCAGCCCUCUCCCACUGCCGAACCAAAAGAAGCACAUGAAGCGCUUCGCUCAAAGCUUCCCUCUGGCUUCCAUAUCGGCUACAGCGCGGACUGGCUGGUCGCCGAGCCAUUACUGGCCGGAGGCUCUGCGUGGUUCAGUGCGAUCGCGGGCGUGCUUCCCGCACCAUCGGUUGCUCUGAUGAACAGCAUUCGUAAAGGGGACCGCCCCGAAGUGAAACGCAUCUCGGCUGCCCUACAGCCAACCUGGGACCUGUUCCAAGAGUUUGGCGACCUCCGGGUCAUCUUCGCAUUUGCAAACGAGCUUGGCCUUUGCAAAACGGCACCCCCUCGGCCUAUUCUUCCUCUACCUGCUGCGCAACACGGUCGGAUUCGCUCGGCGCUAGCAAGCCUUGAAGAAUUCAAGUAA